UUAUGUUAUUGGAUGUUAUUUAGUUUAUUUCAAAUAUAUGAAUUGAUUUUCGAUCAAUUUAUUUCAUUAAUUUUACCAUUUUAUUAUGAAAUAAAAUUAUUUUUUAUUUUCUGGUUAACCUAUAAAAAUGUUUCACAAUUAUUAUUUCAUCAUUUUAUUUUAAUCUACUUGAAUAGAUAUGAAAAUGAUAUUGAUUAUUUAUUUAAUAAUACCAUAAAUCGUUUAACGGAAUUAUUUCUAAAAUUUAUUCUAUUCGUUAUUAAUCAGCAACGAACCAUGACAAAAGUCGAGCAAGUUGAAAAUCAUGGUGAUCACAUUCGAUUGAAGACAAAUUUUGCGUCACAAUCUCGACGAUUAAAUUCUACUCAACGAAAAUAA